UAAUUAUGUAUAAUGUUUUAUUUCAUUAUUUUAAAAGGCAUCUUUGCUGUGCAGCAUGUGUUUACAUGUGUUUAAACCUUUACUGUUAGCACAGUACUGUAUUUUUAGUCAAAUAAGCAAAGUUUGGUGUAUUUUUCCUGCUGUAUCUGAAGUCUCUUCUACCUGUCCGGUCAACUAUUUUACUAUCGUCAGCUUUGGAACAUCACAGGUCAACUAAAUUCUACUUUUAUCACAUUUUCCUUGAAUUGAAUACCUUUCCAAUUGGAUUAAAUGUGAUUAUUACACAACUUUACAGAUUGCCGGUUUACAUAACAUGACUUAAUUUACUACAAAUUCCGUGUAAACUUGUUUUCUGAUGACAAAAAGAAAAAUAAGUCAGUAAUGUCAUUGUUUCUCUUGGACAUAAUACUGUAGCUUAUAAACCUUAAAAUGAUUAUUUUUGAAACAUGAAUAGUCAUCAUUUUAAGAGCAGGUUUAACAAACACAGGAAUUUUCCAAAAUACUUUUUACUUUUAACCUUUAACAUGUGAAGUGUAUUGAUGGUAGACAUUUUGUCCAAACAAACAAUUAAUCCAGCUAAAAGCACAAUGUUUUCCACUUUAUGACUGUACUGUAUCAGUUCACUCCUAACUGCACAUCUCCAAGUUAUUUACUGACGGUUUAAAAUGGCGGCCGUUCCCAUGGUAACUGCCUUACUUUUCCCACACAGACCUGGCAACCCUGAUCUCCGUGUUUGUGAACGCGCCUGCAUGACUCGUGAACGCGCCCUCGUGUUCUGUGGACGCGCCCGGCGACGCUGCUGGUGUUGUAUUUUUUUCUCCCAUUUCCCGACAUCUGGAUUAUUUUAUUAUCAGAAAUAAACGGAAUGCGGAUUUUCACACGUGUGUCCACGCCGAGGAUUUUACACCGCUGGAGCAACGUGUGUGUUUAAUGCGCGAGAGAAACGUGCUGAGAGCUUUUGUUCGCCGGUGAAGCUCUUACACACACACACACACACACACACAGAGGAAGACACUCAUCAUGUCAUCCUCUGAACUGGACUACAUCCCUCCGUGGUGGAUCUAUUGGCUUCACCAGUUUCCUCACAUCAAUCUGAGACUCCAGCAAAUCAACAACACCUUCAACCCUCAAGAGGAAAACUACCAGCAGUCUCUGCUCUUCCUGGUGUGUGUAUCCUCGGCUGCGUUGGGUGUGAAUCUCCUCGUGCUCGCUCUUUAUCUCAGUUUCCUGUGCUGCUGUCGGAAGAAAAGCGAGGCUGAUGACGAGGACGAGACAAAGAAGCCGAGCUCACACUGCGUCACCUGGACGGCCGUCACCGCUGGACUUCUGAGCUGUAUCGCAGUUGGGGUUGGUUUCUAUGGUAACAGUGAGACCAACGAUGGAGUUUAUCAGCUGACCUACUCCCUGUACAACACCAAUCACACACUGGUGGGAGCAGAAGACCUGGUUUCGUCUACGUUGGAUGGGAUUCAGAGCGGACUGAAGGAACACUUGUCCCGAUUGGACGAGAUAUUCGCCACGCGAAGUGACUUUGUAAAGUCGCUGAAGUUGAUGCAGCAGAUGGCGGAGAACCUUAUUAAACAGCUGCUGGGACUGCCAGACUGGGAACAGGCCAAAGUGGACCUGACCCACAUCGCUGACCGCACCGCAGUGGUCGAGUACUACAGGUGGCUGACAUAUCUGCUGAUUCUCAUAGUAGAUCUGCUGAUCUGUCUGUUGGCGUGUCUCGGUCUGGCCAAGAAAUCACGCUGCCUUCUCACAACGAUGAUGGUAUUCAGCAUGCUAAUUCUGAUAGUGAGCUGGGCGUCUCUGGGGGUCGACGUAGCUACGGCUGUGGGUGUCAGUGAUUUCUGUGUGUCUCCAGACAAGUUCAUCAUGAACAAGACCAAAGAUGUGAUCAGCUCAGGUGAAACACACACACACACACACACACACUGUUAUAUAAACCUACGUUCAUACCAGCAAGUAAUGAGUGUCUCGUCUUUAGUUUGUCUCUUGUGGGCGUGGCCUGUCCAGAUUUUUUUAGUGUUGAUCUGUAAUAUUACAGGAGUGUGUGUUAAUGGCUGUAACUCUCUCUGUGUAGAUAUUGUUCAUUAUUAUCUGUACUGCAGUCAGAUGCUUCCCAAUCCCUUCCAACAGUCCCUGACAAUCGUCCAGAGAUCUCUGACCGCCAUGCAGAUUAACGUCCAGGGGUUAUUACAGUUUGCUGUGCCGCUGUUCCCUACUGCUGAGAGUGAUCUCCUGAGUCUUAAGCUCAUGUUGAACAAUUCUGAGGCGCAACUACAUCAGAUUACUGCUCUACUCGAUUGCAGAGGAAUCAAUAAGGACUAUCUGGAUGCUCUGAUGGGUGUGUGUUAUGAUGGUGUAGAGGGGUUGCUGUAUCUCAGUCUUUUCUCUCUGCUGUCCGUCACUGCCUUCUGCAUCAUGAUGGGUGUGAUUCCCCGAGCCUGGACACAAAUCAACAACCGAGAAAGGGAUUAUGGGGAUUUUGAGGACUCUGACCCUUUCAGCUCUCGGGCUCAGACUGAAAACUUACACACUUUCUACAGCUACAGCAGCAGCCAGAACAGCCUUCACUCACCACCGGCUCCGCCCACCUCCAACAGGAAUCAGUCGUCAGUGUUCGGAGGAAACGCCCGCUUUGAGGACGCACCAUUAAUAAACCGAGGCUCUCCUCCUCCCUCGUAUUCUCCCACUAUGCGAGCCAACUACCUCUCGAUGUCAGAAGAUCAGAUGAGACACUUUGGCGACGAUUUUAGGGCCUGAACUUCUUCAUCAUACAGUCUGUGUGUGUGUGUGUGUGUGUGUGUGUGUGUGUGUGUGUGUGUGUGUGUGUAUGUAUAUCUUGGAGAGGACCAAAUGUCCCAACAAGAAUAGGAAUAUCUGACAGUUUUGACCUUGUGGGGACAUUUUGUUGUUUCUUUACGUAAACUGCAGCUUUUAUUUAAAAAAGAAAAAAAAAAAAAUGAAAGAGCCGAAAUGUUUCCUUUUGGUUACAGAAGUUAAGGUUAGGGUUAGAUUUAGGUUUAGCACAGUGUUAAUGAGCUGCAUUCAUAAUUAUAUCAGUGGAAAGUCCUCACAAGGACUGUGUGCAUGCGCGUGUGUGUGUGUGUGUGUGUGAGUGAGAGUCCUCACAAUCUCAGGACUUUGAUGUAAUGCAUUUCAGUCCUAUAACUACUGAAUAAUAAAUUUAUACACAUUUUAAUCCA